CCCAUAAUCAAAAGAAAACCAGUGGGUUGUUUUUGUUUGUCAGUUUUUGGUUGAUUUUCUUUCGUUACCCCUGCCCUGUUUCGUAGGGGGUGGUUUUCCUAUGAUUGUUUUUAAUAUGUUAGUUUUCCAUCUUUAUACCGAGUUUGAUCUUUUCUCCAAACCCUUGUUCUGGAUCGAAUCAAUUCACUAUCUUUUCCGUUUGAUUUCUUUUCAUUCUCUUUCCGUUUAGAUUGAGUCAUUGGAUUCUUUUUAUUUUUCUUAUUUUCUCCUGCGAAGAUCUCUUGUUUUGGUUGAUUUCUGGCCCUACCUGCAAAAAACCGUGACUUUGCCCUUCAUAAAACCAUAACUGUAGCUUUUAUUUGCUUUUAUUUUAUCUUGUUACUUUAACUCUUUUCUUUCUUAGGAAACUCCAUUACAUAAGCCCAUCAAACAGAAAGACGGGAACUUCUGGGUAUCUAAUGAGGCAUCUUUGGCUGAUUGGAUUGCUGGGUUGUCUGUGUUAUUGUGUUGUUGUUGAUGGUCUAGGUGUGAAUUGGGGCACAAUGGCUUCACACAAACUGCCACCAAAGACUGUGGUGCAGAUGUUGAAAGAUAAUGGGAUAAAGAAAGUGAAGCUGUUUGAUGCAGAUUUAAGCACCAUGAGUGCUCUUACAGGCAGUGAUAUUGAGGUCAUGAUUGCUAUUCCUAAUGAUCAGCUUGCGGUAAUGAAUGAUUAUAACCGUGCUAAGCAGUGGGUGAACAAGAAUGUCACACGUUACAAUUUCAAUGGAGGAGUUAACAUCAAAUAUGUGGCAGUUGGGAAUGAACCUUUCCUGAGUUCCUACAAUGGAUCAUUCAUAAACAUCACAUUCCCAGCUCUUCAGAACAUUCAAAAUGCACUUAAUGAAGCCGGAGUUGGAGACUCCAUCAAGGCUACAGUACCCUUAAAUGCUGAUGUCUAUAAUUCCCCUGCUAGCAACAAUGUUCCAUCUGCUGGACAGUUCAGAAAUGAUAUCAGUGGAAUUUUGACCCAGAUUGUCAACUUUCUUGCUCAGAAUAAUGCACCUUUCACUGUUAAUAUCUAUCCUUUCCUCAGUCUCCAUGAAAAUGACAACUUCCCUUUUGAUUAUGCUUUCUUUGAUGGAGCAACCCCGAUUGUUGAUAAUGGGAUUCAAUACACCAAUGUUUUUGAUGCCAACUUUGACACCUUGGUUUCAGCUUUGAAAAGCGUAGGGCAUGGGGACAUAACCAUUUUGGUGGGGGAGGUUGGUUGGCCAACAGAUGGGGACAAGAAUGCUAAUAUAGGUAAUGCUUAUAGAUUUUAUAACGGGCUCUUACCUAGACUUGCAGCCAAUAGAGGCACCCCACUAAGGCCUGGAUCUAUAGAAGUUUAUUUGUUCAGUCUUCUUGAUGAGGAUGCCAAGAGCAUUGCUCCAGGAAGUUUUGAGCGUCAUUGGGGAAUCUUUAGGUAUGAUGGACAGCCUAAAUUCGGCAUAGAUCUUUCUGGUCAGGGUCAAAACAAGCUCCUUAUUGGUGCACAGAAUGUGCAAUAUCUUCCUCAGAAAUGGUGCAUGCUUAAUCCAAAUGCCAAGGACCUGAGCAAGCUCCCAGAUAACAUUCAAUUUGCUUGCGAGAACUCAGAUUGCACAGCACUUGAAUAUGGGUCUUCCUGCAACGGCUUGGAUACUAAUGGAAAUGCUUCCUUUGCAUUUAAUAUGUACUACCAGGUCCAGAAUCAGGGUGAUUUGGCCUGUAAUUUUCAAGGUCUGGCCACAGUUACUACACAGAAUCUUUCAACAGGGAGCUGCAAUUUCUUAAUUCAGAUAGUUUCUUCUUCUUCUUCCUCUAUAGGUCCAUCACUGAUGGGGUUAGCAUUUCUAACAUUGUUAACAUCAUUAUUGCUAUAAAUUUGACUCUUUAGAUACCUCUGUUGUACUAUUUAUGUGGUUGAUUUUUCUAUCUUAUUUACUACUAUAUGUCACAGAUUCUUGGCUUAUUGAUUUUGUUGGCAUUGAUUCAAUAAAAUCCCAAUGUUGAU